CCGCCAACUUGGGGAGGUUUUGUGUGUACGAGUCCAAUAUGGUCCCCUCUGCGCCCUCCUCUCUUGACUUCUCCCAGCUGGUGAAGCUGCUCAUCCACUUCCAGGGCAGAUCAACCAUCAGCGAGGCAGCUGUCCCGCAUGAGGUUUUGGAGCGAGUGCUGACCCAUCUGCAGACGUCGCACACCGGCGGGUUCGUGCUGCAUCAUGUUGCCAAGGCCGGCUGUCGGGACUCAUCCUUCUGGGCACGGGCGGCUGCGGCGCUGACUGACGGUGUGGUGCGGCAGUAUGACGGCAAGGCCGUCGCCAUGACCUGCAAUGCCUUUGCAAGGGCCAGACGGGCUGAAGGAGAUGUCAUGAGAAGGCUGGAGAGGCAGAUGGUGACACUCAUUGAGGACAGCCAUUCUCUGCAGCGGGGUCACUGUGGAGUGAGUGCCCAAGAUCUGGCCAUGACGGUGAAUGCCUGGGCUCAGCUGAAUUAUUUCCCCUUGCAGCCGUCCCUCUCGCCGCUGUGCAGGGCGGCUCGGGCACGCGCGACUGGUCCACUCGGCGACUUUGACGGCAAGACUAUCGCGCUGCUUCUCAAUGGGUGGGGCAAGAUGGAUGCCCGGCCAUCGUGUGACGACUGCCGUCAUGCGUCAUGCCUGUCUGCCUUGGUGGCUCAUUUCGCCGGCUCUGUCUCAUCGACGGAUCUCAACUCGCAAGAUGUGGCUCUGCUGAUGGGGUCUGUCGGGCAAGCCAUGGAGCAGUGCGAUGAAUCGAGGGCUGCUGUGCUGAAAGAGAUGGGUGUGGACUUGCUUGGACGGGCCAUGGAGCUGCUGAACGGCGGGAGGUUCCGGAACAACCAUGAGUUGGUGGCGUUUUAUAAUGCGGCGACACGAUGGUGGCUGUCCCUACCUGCCAAGGGAGAUGUGCGAGCGUCACUCGAGCAGCUGACGGCCUCUCUAAUGCAGCGGCUCACCCCCUCCCUCUCGUCCCUGCCAUCGGCGAGCGUCAUCAUCCUUGCCAAUGCCAUGACGAGGGUGCUGUCAGAUGAGGGCUGCUACGGCUCUCCCGCCCACACGCAGUCGGCCUACCCCUUUCUCGACCUGCUCUGCCGCGACCUCGCGAACCGUGACACGAGAGCUCUUGCCGGCCUGUCUGCGCAAGACCUGGCCAACGUGAGCCACGUGUUGGGGGUGCUGAUGGAGAGGGAGGGAGGCCACCAUGAGCAUGAGCAUGAAGGCGCGAGUCAGCUGCUUGGGCGCCUGGUGGCCUUUCUGUCGAGCCGGCCCGUUGCGCAGGGGAGCAUCAUCCACCAGUGCGAUGUGCGGCACCUCUGCUGCAUCGUCAACGGGCUGGCCAAGUGCAGUGGGCGUCUUGAUGGGUCGAUCAGAGGUGUGGUGGAGAGGCUGGCCGCUCGGACGAUGAUGCUGCCACACGACAAAUGGACGCUUCCCGAGGCUUCCCUCACGGCCAGUGGCAUGUGGGUGCUCCAGGCCAUCGCCUUCGCCAGUGAGCCGGCGCUUGUGGGCUACCCUCUAUGGAGCUUUAUCAUCGACCGGCUGCUCUCGCCGCACCUGGCGGCCCUCACACGCCUUCCCUCCCUCUCCCCUGCACAAUUACAGACACUUGCGUCGGUGGCGGCGCUCUUGAGCAACGUGCAUGGGCGCGUUGUGAUGGAGGAGGAGGCGGGGACGAGUCCUGGCAGGUGGGGUGUGAUGGUCAAUGGGUGUGUGGGUUUACUGGUGGACGUGCUGGCGGGGAGAGUCUGGGAGAAGGGCAUCAACGGCAAGACCUAUGCGACCUUGUUUUGCUCGCUCGUCAAGGUUAGUCGAAAAGGUGGUGUGGGUGGGCAAAAGCGAGAUGUUCAUUGCUGUCUUCCCUCUGUUAUGGAUCAAUGCAGCUGCCGGUAGUGAGGGCUGGUGGGCCGUCUUCCCAUGGGCCAUCGAAUGGCGUCAUGCUGCUGGAGAGGCUGCUGCAGACCAGAGGUAAGGGCAAGACCCUCGCUGCAAAAUUGGAGUUUGUGUAGCAUCUCCCUCUCUGUCUGAUGUCUGCAGAUGAGGCGUCGUCUGUCGCUCUCACUCUAAUGCCCUCCCUAUCAGCCGGAGAGACCGACGGUGAGCCAGCAAAUCGAUGAGAAAUGGCUGCGUGCGUCCGUGAUGCCCCUGUAUGUUUGCAUAUAUGACGUGGUGCAGAUGUGUUGUGGGCGCUGCGCCAACCGGCUGUGGCUAAAACCGCCUCACUCCAGCGGUCAAGGUGGCGCAUAUUCGACCUCAUCACACAGGUGCGAACCGACACAGCAAACCGCCAUCCACUCAUUAUCGAUGUUCCCUCCAUUCUGUGUGUCUCAGCGUCUGUCUAUCUCGCCUCCCGACCGCCACCAGCGGGCCUCUCUGCCGCUCCUGUGUCUCGAAAGCGCCGAUCGGUGGGCGCUGCUCGGUGUCUUCACGGGAUGCGCUGAGAUGAUGGGCGCCAGACAGACACAGAAAGGACGACGGGAGGCCACAGCAGCCGCGUUGCUGGAUGAACUGGUCGAUCGCUUCUACGACCACCUCAGCAGACAUGUGGCCGACGGAGAUCAGAAGGUGAGAAGUCGGGGGAUCCAUACGCACGGAUGGCCUUCAUUCUGUGGACGCUGAACGAUGUCCGUCUCGUGUGCGCGUGUGUUUGUGUGUGUGUGUGCAGUACUGCGGGCAGCUGAUGUACACGCUUCGUCUGAUCGAUGAGGGGUCGCCUGACGCUGACUAUGACGACACACGCACGGCGGUGGGCUACAGGCUGUUGGUCCAGCUGGCGCAGCAGGCGAGGGCCAGGAUGCACCAACUCAUGGCUGACUCGCAGCAAUCGUCAGAAAGGGCUGAGGUGUUGGCUGAUCCCUCAGGCUAUGUGCAUGGUACACAGCAACACGAUGCUGGUGCCGGUGUGCGUGUGUCGGCGAAUGUAGCCAACUAGUCAUAUAGAUUGCAUUCAUUCUGAGUCAGACAGAUGGACUCCGUGUUUCCGUGUCGCAGCUAAGUUGCCUGCCAAGAGGCAAAGUACGAAGUUUGCUUGUCGCCGUCGAUAGAAUGAGACCGAUUAGAUGAAUCGUGGCUGUCUUCC